AUGCAUCUUCUCAGUCUGGCGGCUGCCACUGCUCUCAGUGCUAUCCUCGGUGCUGUACCCACAACUGCCGAGCCCAUUGCACGACGUCAGACAGCUACAGCGAGCGAACGUCUUGGUCUAACAUGGCUUGGUGGAAAUAGUUCCUUACCCAAGGUUCUCAUCCUGUUCACGGGAGGAACCAUAUCAGGAGGAUCCAUCUACGGCGCUCUCGAUGACACUCAAUACGGACAGAUCGGUAUAACAGGAGAAGACAUCAUCGCUCGAAACCCGUACCUACUUAAUCACACACAGCUCGCCGUAUCGAAUUGGACAACUGAAAACAAUGGGUCCACAGGCACCAACGACGCCCUCGUCAUGAAUAUGACGCGCUUCGCACACGAUGCUCUCUGCUCCUCGGACAGCGACAUCUUAGGCGCCGUAUUCACCCACGGGACCAAUUCCCUCGAGGAAACUGCUUUCUUAAUGGACAGUCUGGUAAAUUGCGGCAAGCCCAUCGUCGCUACCGGCAGCAUGCGUCCCUUCACGCACCUCUCCUAUGAAGGCGAUGCAAACUUCUUCGACGCUGUUAUGCUAGCUGCAAGCCCUAACUCGCGUGACCGAGGUGUCAUGGUCGCUUUCAACGCGCGCAUCAUCCCCGCUUACUGGGUUACGAAGCUGCACUCUACGAAUCCUGAUGCUUUUUACGCAAAUGCCGGCGGCGACUUGGGCUUGUUCAUAAACAGCUUGCCUGUUUUUUACAAUUCCCCUAGCCAGCCGCUGUUCAAGCACUACUUUGACAUUAACACUGUGUCGUCAUAUGCAACAUUUCCCCGUCUUCCCAAAGUCGAUAUCCUGUAUGCGGCCCGCGAGUUCGACGGCAAACUCGUACUCGAUGCGCAUGCAAAUGGUGCCCAGGGCGUAGUCAUUGCUGGAACUGGUAACGGAGGCAUACCCAGUGGCCAAGAUGAAAUAUCUGAAGCGUUGGAAAAGGGCUUGCAAAUUGUAGUCGGGACGAGAAGUCCAUUUGGCCCGUCGAGUCCGGCGCGCAUACCCAGUUUCGCCAAAUCCGGGUUUGUGCAUCCGAUUCAGGCGAGAAUCAUGUUGCAACUGGCCAUUGCGAGUGGCAUGGGCAUGAAUGAGACGAUCGAUGUGUUCGAGGGUGGAUUUAGGAAAGCUAUCGGGCAGCCUUGGACGCCAGGGGGAUGA